AUGCCUUCUUUAAACUUCGCUCAUGCAGAGGGCAUUUAUUCUCUCGCUGGAGCAAUAAUAUUCGCUGUAGCAUAUUUGCCUCUUCUUCUGACGUUCCUUUACAGAAGCAUUCGUCUCCCGACUUUCGUACACUUCAUCCUGACACUGUUCUGCUCCGUCCGCACUAUUGCCUUUAUCCUCCGUGCGGUGCUCGCCGGCUCGUCCCUAGCCGCGCAAAACAAGAACUUGGUCAUCGCAGAACAAGUCAUCUAUAGCGUGUCCUUCUCCGGUAUGCUCUACUCGGCCUACACGCUUGUCCUCGAUCGCGAGGCAAUGGUGGAAGUAGCAACCCUCAUACAAAAUAACGUCCCGGGGCCUCUCAAAAUCGUGUUCAGACUUUUGCGGAUGCGGAUGCUCAUACGCCUCAUACUGGUUUUGGCGAUCGUCCUUGGUAUUAUCGGCGCGGUCGAUUCGGAGACUACCACCAGCUCCUCCAAGUACAACAAGGGAAUUAAGCUCCGCAGUGACAGCGUAUAUAUCUUCCUCACCGUCGUUUGUGCGCUGAACGUCAAUACAUUCAUGUUCAGCGCAGCCACUAUCAUGGGUUACUCUCAGAAGCCUCCUGGAAUACAACCAGUAGGACUACGUAGGAUCAGCACGACCUACGGCAUUUUUAUCCUUCUGGCCAUCGCCAUCUUGCUUCUCACUCGCGAGGCAUUUUAUGCAGGGACCGAGAGCGAUCUCUCCAAGCAAAACGACGAGAAAUUGUGGUAUCCACUCUCAGCGCUUACUGAAUAUGUUGCUGCGGUGUUGUUCUUGAUCCCGGGCCUGCCCCAUGGCGCCAAAGGAGAUACAUGCGCGGGAACACACCAACUGAAAGCAGGCAGAAGCCUCGAGGAAAGUGGUAAAGAUGUCAACAACAGCUAUGUGUGGAAGAUUGUGAAUGUGGUAUAUGCCGAUGAAGACCGUAUACACUUGCUUUCGUCCGACAUGGUGUUCACCGUGUCGGACGAUGCAAAUGACCGUCAGGACUACGGCGCGCCCAAGGCUGCCACGAAAAUACGAUCAGAGUCUGCCCAGAGAAAGGCUGUCGGCACACUUACUGGGCCUGCUCAAGAGAUGCUGGGUAUCGGGGUAUCUAUGACAUUCUGCGCAUCUCUUGACUGCAAUAUGAACGAAGCAUCACUAAGGACUCCAAAGGGCUGCCGGAACGAGCUGCAGGCAUAUAUCUAG